AUGCCGCCCUUGGAUCACUCCUCGCAGGAGAGCGCCUUGAGCGCCGUACCCGCAAAGCCAUCGCAUCCAACGCUCGAAUCUUCCCACGAGAAUGCAUCACCUGGGGUUUCACUGGUCGAUGAGAACAUCGCCCUUAAGCAGCGCCUUGCUAGACUUGAAUCGGUGGAGAAGCGCCUCACAGAACGACUCCGAAACGCAGAGACCCAGGCCGCGAACGAAAAGCAACGCGCCAUCGAAGCCGAGAAGCGCACUACCGUCGCUGAAGCCGAGACGAACGCAGCGAAGGCGCGCGCCCAAAGCCGCUAUACAGAAAAGCUGCAUGCCAACAAUGAGACCAGACAUCUUAGGAUAGCGCUUAAGAAUGCGAGGUCCGAGCGUGCAGACUUCCUCGCUGGCACAACGAGCGUCUUCCAAGGUCUCAAAGAUGAAAUCUCCCGGCUCAAUGCAGAGAAGGGGAAUGGAGUUUGGGCGAAAGAGCUCACAGAGCAGAUUGACGUUUUGCAAGCUGGCUUCGUCGCAGGUGAAGAAGACAAGAAGGUGUUGGACAAGACUAUCAAUGAGCUCAGAAGCGAAAAGGAGGUUGCCGACAAGAUGCUGGAAGACCUCAAAAGUGUCAUUGUGAACUUGCGACAAGAACUCAACGUAGAGAAAACGAAAACGCAGGCCGUACCCAAUGCGCCUAUCAAGGAGCAAAUGGAGGCUCAGAUCGCUAGUGCCAGAGCUGAGGCGUUCAAGGACGCUACUGCAAUAUCACAACGUAAGAUCGAUGCAAUGAAAGCUAAGAUGAAAGAACACAUAGAGACUACCAUUAAGACCUAUAAGACGCAGACGCAGGCGCAGGCGCAGCAUUUUCUACAGACAAAGUUGGACGAAUGGCGCCCAAUAGAACAAGCUUAUAAAGAGAAAAUGGCCAUAUUGGAAUGGAAGCUCUUCACAGCCAACAAGCAGAUCAAAUUAGAGAGGCAACACUUGGAGACAGCAUCUGACACUGUACAACACAGCCAUCAGAGGCCUGCCAAACACGAUCAGCAGAGCUCGCCACAAGAGAUGUUCAAUCCCAGCAAGCGAAGGAGGCUUGACUCUUACGGUGCUGCUAGCAUCACUACGCCAGACUUCCAACAUACGCGCUCAGCUUCCCUCCUCUCUGAUACCAACGCUAUGAACCCGAGAUCAGCAACGAAUACAAACGGCGAUACCAUGAUGGACGGCGCGAAAAUGCAGAGACAGGCUCAGAGGACAUCUGACAACAUCCAUAGGCGACAGUCGUCGCAGCAAUCAAAUGGCUCAGCGGCUCAGAUAGCACCCGCACAACACCUUUCGGAACAGCAAGGUACAGGCAUCGUCGCACCUCCGCACCAGCAGAGCUGCAUGUCGUCUCCACAACAGUCAUUGAACGUGUCACCUCAGCAGCAGCAGCGAAACUUUAGACAGCAGAUGGCUUCGAACAAUGCAAGCCGCCAGUCGCCUACAUCCGCCCCAUAUGGCCCCUACCCGACGUACAAUGUUCCUCAGCUCCGGCAACAAAUGAGAAAUGGUCGGGAAAUGAUCAACCAGCCCGGAAAUCUAAGCUCGGCUCAGAUGCAAGACUUCAAGGCGCACCGGUUGCAACAGAUGCGCCAACAAGUCCAAUCACAAGCCCAGGCACAGAACCCAGUAACGAUGCAGCUACAGAUGCAGCCUACGCAUUCGUAUGGCUCAGCAUCUAUAAUGCCGCCACCUCUGCCUCGCGCCUCGCAAGUACCUUCGGAAUGCUCUAUAUCAUUCGAUGUGCAGCCUCCGAGCAUGAACCAGGAAGCGAGCAGGCGAUACGUUCCCAACAUUGGAGACCCGGAGAUGAUGACUACCUUUGAUGAAGAAAAGCUGUUUAUGGAGGAAACACACGCUGGAGAGAGCUGGCUUUUUACUGGAGAUGAACAGACCAAGCGAGGCCCUACUCCGAUGACCUUCACGACGACCCUCCCUUCGAAUGAGACACCAAAAAUACAGGAAUUCGAUAACCAACAACCCCAGCAGCGCGGCUUCCAGUACCAUAAUAUCGACCCUUCUCAGCUACAAACGGGUAGUCCGAGGGUCGUGUUUUACGGUCCCAACGGCGCCCAAAAUGAGCCUAACAUGCACAUGAACGAUUCGUGCCAGCUCUCAGUUUCGGGACGAGAGACUCGGGCUUCCUCUCGUCCUACACCCGCACCCAUUGGACGCUCGCGACGCAGAACUCCAGGUCCCUCUGAACCAGUAGAAGUCCCGUGUGUGAACUGCUACCGUCAUUGGUGGGAACAAAAGUGCGACGAAGGUGAGCCAUGUUCAAACUGUGCUGCAGAGGGCGUUCAAUGUGUGCGGCAGAAGUGCUUCCACUUCCCUGCCGGCACUUGUGACAAGGGCAACAAGUGUCCGAACGUACACGAGGGCGACGAGCGAUACCAAGAUGACAGUUUCCUGGUUGGCCAAGUGAAGGUGGGCAAGCGGCCUCAACGGCUUGGAAAGAAGGCAGAAGCGGCGCCGGCGCCGGUCAUGAGACAGCAGGGUUAA